AAGCAUUGAAGUUGAAUGGUAGAUGGACAUAGGAAGAAAGGAAGGUGCACCAAACAGCAAAACAUAGAUCAGACUUUGUUGAAAGACUUCAACACCAAUAGUGCACUCUUUCCUCAAUCAUCUUCUCCAACUCAGUCAUGGAUCCACCUCCCCCGCCUGAAGCUCCAUUGCUCCCGCCAGCUCCACCUCCACCAAACGGAGGUUCAGGCGGCCUGUUUGAUUCUUGCUUGUGGUUCCUCUGCUGUUGUGGCUUGUUUGCUAGUUGCUGUCCACCUUUGUUUGAGCCAGGACCUCCACCACCAAUGUGAUGCAGAUUUUCCCUUCUAUUUGUCACCAUUUCUUUUGGGGUUUGAAUGUGUAUGUGUGUAUGUGUAUGAGAGAGAGAUAGAGAGAGAGAGGCUGGGCGAUUUACCUUGAUGACUGUGUAAUGGAUGUUUUUCUUUAUUCAUUAUGUUGGAGGUAUUCCUGAAUGCCUUCACUGUUACAUUAAUAUUUUCGACUCGGGAGUCAGGAGGAGCUAACUUUGUUUUCUCCUAUCAAUCCCUUGUGUAUUUGUGUUUUCAACUUUUAUAUGUAUGUCUAGUGGCUUAAGUUGGUGAUUAUCGCAGAUUGAUACUGUUAUUCUCUUGUA